AUGAAUUUUGAAUUUGAGAGGGAGAUCGGUUUUAUCAACAGCCAGCCGUCCCUAGCAGAGUGCCUGACGUCCUUCCCAGCCGUCCUGGAGUCAUUUCAAACUUCAUCAAUCAAGGAGUCGACAGUAAUUCCGCCUCCCUUCGAGCACACCAUCCCCAGCCUCAGCCCCUGCACAGCCAGCCAGCCGAGACCGGCUGCUAGGAGCCAGCAGAACCGGAGGACCUCCGUCGCCAAUGGCCUCCAGACGCAUCACCGAGGCGCCCAGCAGCCCUGCCCGGCCGGCCAGCCACCUGCCCCGGCCGUGGCUGCCCCGGCCGGCCCGCUGGCCCACGAGUUCCCCUGGAUGAAGGAGAAGAAGUCCUCAAAGAAGUGCCCGAAGCCCGGAAGCGGCUUCAGCGGUGGCGGAUCCAUCAUCCCCACCGCCUCAUCCUCCCCGUCGCCGACCGCCUCCGGGUACACUUCGGCGGGCAUCGAGUCACCCACAGACCCGAGCCAGGCGGGUCUGGAUAAUGGAGGAGCCGGGUCCCGCCGGCUGCGAACCGCCUACACCAACACGCAGCUGCUGGAGCUGGAGAAGGAGUUCCACUUCAACAAAUACUUGUGCCGACCCCGGAGGGUGGAGAUCGCCGCACUCCUGGAUCUGACCGAGCGGCAGGUCAAAGUCUGGUUCCAGAACCGGCGGAUGAAACACAAGCGCCAGACGACUCACCACCGGGACGGCGGAGGCCACGAAUCCAGCGAGUUCGAGCCGCUCGAGGGCGCCGACGCCUCGUCCCCGUACUCGAGCCAGCCGCUGGAAGCGUCCGGCACCGGGGAGGCGGCGUCGGACAGCGAGGCCGGGAGCUGCAAUCCAUCUUCGGCCGCCUACGCGAAUGACAGCGGGGACAAUGCACAGCCCACGCCGGAGGAAGGAGGCCGACUGAGCCGCCCCGAACGCCCACCGCUGCCGGGGGCAUCUGGCUCCUCCGACGCGGCGGAUAUCCCGGGCUUGAUGCAGCUCGGCGAGGCCGGGCUCACGGCAGCAGAGGUAGCGGCGUCCGAGCCGUCGUUCUCCGAGCAGCGGGACUCCUCCGUCUCCUCGGCGGAGUCCUGCGCUCCCGCUGCCGCCUCCUCCUCGACCGCGCUGCCCGAUCUCACCUUCUUUGCCGGGGACACCUGCCUGUCGCCCAGCCUGCAGAGCUCCCUGGACAGCCCGGUGGAUUUCUCCGAGGAGGACUUUGACCUGUUCACGAGCACGCUGUGCACCAUAGACCUGCAGCACCUCAACUUCUGAGAAACACCAAACACACGCACACCAAGGAGC